AUGAAAUUACGCUCCAGUGAUCCAGAAUAUAUGAAUUAUGUGACGAAAUGGUUCGACGUUCUGUUACCUAUCAUUAAACAUUUUCUUUAUGAGAAUGGUGGACCGAUAAUUAUGGUGCAGCUAGAAAAUGAAUAUGGUUCAUAUCCAACAUGCGAUCAAACAUACUUAGAAGGGCUUUACAAUUUAUCACGUUUACAUUUGGGGGAGAAUAUCGUAAUUUUCACAUCAGAUGGUCCCUCCGACGGUCUAUUAAAAUGUGGUUCGUCUGACAAGCGCUAUCUAGCAACAAUUAACUUUGGUCCUACAACUGAUCCUGUGUGUAAAGUUUUCAAAGUAUUGGAGGAUUUCCGACAAAACCAACCCUGGGUAGGUUGUAUUAAAUAUUUAUAA